CUUCCGUUAACUCAAUCUUUGCCUGUGCUGCAUUAUAAAUGCGUGUGUAGAUUGAUGUUUACAGAGAGAAGACAAAAGAAGAAAAUAGUUCUUCAACGGCUAUAUUGAGCUGUUACGACAAAAAGCUGGAACCCCUUUAAUCUCUAUUGCUUUGGGGUCCAUUUAUUCUACAACACCUUAAUUAGUUAAUUACCACUAUAAUAUUAUCGCCCGGGUAAUUUCGGAGUUAGGUUCGAUUAAUUGAUCAGGAAGAUCGUGAUUUUUCGAUUUGGGCGUGUGAUGACUUACAAGGCAGCUGGUGAGGAUGCUGUGUCGGGGGGAGAUUACGUGAAAUUGGAGGAGUGUCAGGCGGAGACGUCCUCGUCGGGUUGUUGUGGCGGUGGUAUCGAUGCCGGUGGCCGAGGUUGCUGGUGGUCUUGGUGGUGGUGGGCAAAGCUGGUGUUGGUAGUGCUGUUUGUUGCCGUGUUAGGUGCGGCUUUCUUCAAGUGGGUCGGGCCUUUCUUCAUGGAUAAGGAAAUCAUCCCCAUUAUAAUUUGGGAGAGGAAGACAUUCAGCACAACAAUGCUGGCACUCAUCGUAUUUGGUUCUCUUGCAAUAUUCCCCUCCCUUCUUAUACCUUCUACACCGUCCAUGUGGAUUGCUGGGAUGACUUUUGGAUAUGGUUAUGGAUUUCUGCUUACUAUUGGGGCUGUGGCUAUUGGCGUCACUAUUCCAUAUUUCAUUGGUUCACUUUUCUGUCAUAGAAUCCAUGCGUGGUUGGAAAGGUAUCCAAAGAAAGCUUCUAUUAUACGACUGGCCGGUGAGGGAAAUUGGUUCAGUCAAUUUCGUGCUGUUACUUUGAUUAGGAUUUCUCCUUUUCCUUAUAUCGUGUAUAACUACUGUGCUAUGGCUACUGAUGUGAAGUAUGGCCCUUAUCUGUUGGGGAGUAUAUUAGGAAUGAUCCCAGAAAUUUUUGUUGCACUUUACACUGGUAUCCUCAUCAAGACUUUAGCCAAUGCUUCACAUGACCGGCAUUCUCUAUCAGCUCUUCAGAUUGUGUUCAAUGUCAUAGGCUUUUGCAUUACUGUGGUCACCACAAUAAUCGUCACUCUAUAUGCAAAAAAACGUCUCAAGGAACUCCAGAUGCAAGAGGAGCUAUUAUUGCAGUGAAUUUUGCAUAAUAUGUAUAUAAGUCUAUUUCCCUCUAAGUUUUGGUCGGUAAAACAUACACACCAUGGUGAGGUUAUAAAUCUGCAUGGCUGGUGGGGAUAUGGAGCUAAAGAUUGACGAAUAGGGAAACUUUUAUGCUCCCUUCUGAUGUUGUUGCUCUUUUCUCAUGAUCUAGCAUACUUGUAUAUGUAGUCGAAUAUCACAGAUUCUUUUAGAGAGGUGAUACUUUUUUAGAAAUUCGUUUACUGUUAAUUUAUGCCUUAAAUUGUUUGUGUCUUGUGUGUUAGUACUGACUUUGGUAUAAAUACAUCUUCAAAAAGCUGUGUUGGAUGAG